UUAUGGACGAAGAAUCGAAGCACUUGCUUCGUAGCUGGGGAUUCGAGCAGCUCAUCGACAAAUUUGCUGAGGAUGAAAUUGGACUUGAAAACAUCAAGGCAAAUGCUGUUUCUGAGGUCUAUUUGCGGCCGCUUCUAAAACCUGGGCCACGGUUUCUCUUGCUGUCUAAGAUUGAGGAGUACGCCAAAAAGUGCCGCGCGGAUGAGAGCAACCCAACAAAUGAGGACACACCGAAUGACGAGAACGAAGCAAUCUCGCUUGACAAUCUUGGAGCCUGCCAAUCUGAGUCUGAGGAAGACGAGGUUGAGCCGAGACCACCACCAGCCAAGAAGGCGAAACAGGCCAAGAAGUCCAACAGUGCCGUCGAUUUCAUCGAGAAGAGAUCUAAUGACCAUAACGUUAACCGCCUCAUUAAGAACUUGGAUGUGCACGCUGUCAUUACGGGAGACAGUUUGGCCAAAGUUGUUCUGGAAACUUAUCAACUUAAAGCAGAGAACAACAGACACCUUGAUGAACGUGGCCGGAAGCAAAUCAUACGUUGUGUUGGUGCACACCUUCUUAGCAUUUCUAAGGACCUGAAAAAUGAACACGUGCUGUGUGUUGCAGAAAAGUUGAUUAAGCUAUUCCCAUCUGAAUCUUUGGGCACUUACUACAUUGCUCCUAAGACGUAUCCUAAUCAGGAUAUUGCCAAAGGCCGCCUUACUUACAAGUACCGAAAUUUAAAGUCUGCCCAGUCAACGUUAUCCAAACAAGAAGUUAAUGAGGCAGGUCCAAGUAGAGUUCUCUCCAGCCCUCAGAGUGACAACCCAUACCAGUGGAUUUUAGAUUACAUUGAAGAUCCAUCGAUCACAGAUGAAAGGCUUGGAGCUGAACACUGGCUUAGACACCAGAAUUCUCCUUGGCCUGAGGUUCUAGAGAAGUGGCGUUUGACGGCUCCGUUAAGGCUGCAGGGGUUGAUUAACACGAACAAGCUUGAGAGAACAGCCAAACGUGACACAGGCGUAGCGACUGAAGUGCAACUACUUGGAAAAUAUUUCGACACCCAUACCCUGCUUCGCCACAGCAGUGGAUAUCAGUUGCUGUGUCAGGACUUUGACUUUAUUUUCAAAGAGAGUGCCAACAACCUCUACCUUCAUUGGGAAAGUUUUGAGCUGAAACUUCUCGACCUUGCAAAAGAGGUUGUUACAGACAAAUUUGGUUUGAGUGCUUUAACUACUCUUAGUGACGACACCCUGAGUAAAGAGACGAGAACUUUGACAUUAUUGACCCUCAUACCAUCUGUUUGUCAGCCUCAAAUUAAAUUGAAAGUUGCGGCGGGUAAACUGUGGAAAGUCUCCAUUCCUGACUCCCGGCAAAGCUUCAUAUUGCAAGUUAAUGCUCUGGCGGACCUUCGAACUGCUAUCAAACGUCGUGGCGAAAAGCUCCAACUUAACAAGCAGCGUGCUCAGCCAUUUAUAGCUGUAGUGGGAGGCACUAAAGCCUAUUUUUGCGUGGAUAAGGUGGUUUAUUCAUGCAACAACAUCCUUUCGGCCCUGGAAAGCUGCUACAAGUCAUUCUUUGCUCUCCACGCCCUUUAUCCACCAGAGUGUGAGCAAGUUUGGCUCAUCAUUCAGCGUUGCCUGUACCGUAUGGAGACUCCUUAUGACAAUCUAGGGAUAGCAAAGUUGCACGAGAUAGAGCCUCGCCUGAAGUAG